GCAAUAAGAUGUGUCCACAAGUUUGAAGUUACAUUCACCAAUGAAACGCAAGAAAGAUGUUCUCAAAUCUCAAUAGAUGAACCUAAGCUGCUCGAUACGCCACACGAUUUUUACACACUCUCAAUACUCGAGUACCCUACCCGUUCUGCCUGAAAAUUCUGUCAUUUUCCCAUGUCCAUUCUUGAAACAAUCUUCUGUUGCCAUUAGUAUCUGGGUUCUGAGAAACCCAUUUGCAGAAUUCAGCUUCAAACUCACAAAAACCUUGAUUUUAGCGUAAUUUGAGGGCAUUCUAAAGUUGGGUUGAUUCCCUUCUAGUAUUUUUCUGGGUCAAAAACUUAAAAUGUUGCCUGUAUGCUCAGCCACCCGUUGUUCUUCUCACUCACAGAUUUUGUUAAAUGAUGGGUUACGGUACCUCACUCGAUCACAAAAGAUGUUUGGUGUCCGAUGCCUUUCAGGAGACACAUCAAUUCCUAGCAUGUCGAAUGGACUAUGUCCCGGGGGAUUUCUUCAAAAGGAAGCUGUAAAUUCUCUCAAUUAUGAUUUUGUUGAUGGGCAUAAAAUGUUAUUGAAUGAAUGGAGUUACUCUACUGGAAAGAUGAAUGAUGCAUUUUUAAGAGGCCGAGAACAUCUAACCUUUGUGGAGGAUUCUGCUGCCUUUGUGUCACAAGAUAAUCAGCUAGGAUACGACGUGGUAAAUAGUGCUGAUAUCUUGUUAGGAACUCCUAAUAAAGAGGCAAUCUCUAUUGUGGAUCUUGUCUCUGACAGUACAAGCAAUGUGUCUGACACUGUUAGUUCCAGUUCUCAGUCAAUGCCUCCUUCCAGCACUAGUUUUGAGAGUGUUCUUUCUCAAACAAAUGAAUCAGUAAGAGCUUCUUUCGUUAAGGGGGAAAGUGCAUUGAAUAGCUUUGUGGAUAAUAUUACUUCAACGAUAACAGACGUUAUCAAGGAGGGCAAUGAGACAAUUGAAAAACUAACUUCUAAAGUGCUUUCCUCUUUUGAUCAAGCCGGCGAUCUUGCACGUGCUAAACUGAACAGUCUUCCGAGUAGCCUGCAGCAGUCCAGCGGAAAAGCUGGCAUUGUAGCUCUUGAUUUACUAAGAAAGACUAUUCUUGUGGUUGAAGAUUCUUUAGUUAAGGGAAGUAAAUUUGUCUACUACUCAUAUGAGACUUUUAAAGAGUUUCUUCCACCAGAGAUUCAGAAUGGAAUCAAAUCAUUUGAGGAUAAAUCUAGUGAUAUUUUGAGGCCAGUGGGGAUGGUUUUCCUGCAGGUAUACUCUUCCAUUGAAGGGGUGGAGAGAAGUUUAGGCUUAGACCCCUCGGACCCAAUCAUCCCAUUUGUUCUUUUCUUUGGCACUGCAUCUUCUUUAUGGGCUGUAUAUUGGCUGGUCACUUUCAGUGGGUAUGCUGGAGAUGUGUCUCCUGAAGUGGCUUUUGAGUUCUUGUCAGGGAAGGAUAGUGCUAUCCUUGUAGACGUCAGGACUGAGGAUCUGAGGGAACGAGAUGGAAUCCCUGAUCUUAGACGAGCAGCGAGAUUUCGGUAUGCUGAUGUAUCCUUGCCCAAGGUUGACGGUUCUUUGAGGAAAUUAAUGAAGAGCAGCAAAGAUCUUGAUGACUCAUUAACAGCCGCAGUGAUUCGAGAUUUGAAGAAUGUUCAAGACAGGUCCAAAAUCAUAGUUAUGGAUGCUGAUGGAAGUAAUGCAAAAGGAAUUGCAAGAUCCUUAAGGAAGCUCGGGGUUAAGAGACCAUAUGUCCUCCAGGGUGGUUUCAAGUCCUGGAUUGAUAGUGGCCUUCGUGCUAAGGAGCUGAAACCUGAGACUGCAUUUACCAUACUCAACGAGGAAGCAGAGGCAAUCCUUGAAGAGUUGAAGCCCACUCCAGUGCAAGUCUUAGGGGUCACAGUGGGUUCUGUUGCUGCAUUGUAUGCAUUGUUAGAAUGGGAGACAACUUUGCAAUUUAUUGGUAUUAUUGGGCUUGCCCAGACUAUAUAUCGCCGACUGGCUUCUUAUCAGGGUCCUGAAGACAUCAGAAAGGAUGUCAGCUUGUUGCUUUCUCCUGUGAAACUUGGAGCACAGGCUGUGCAAUGGGCUGGUGGGAAAGUAGAAACGAAUGGCAAUGGACUUCCAUUGUCGCCAUCAUCAUCGGAUGUCCAGAACCGUGUAUUGCAGGCUGCAGCUAAACACGAGUCCCAACCUUUUGAUGCUGAGGGAUCAUCGCAAGACACGCUGCUCACAUCUACCAAAACAGGAGAUGAGAACGUGGGUCAAGCAGAGGCGUAACUUCCAAUUGUUCAUUAUAGGGUUGUAAUUGAUGUAUCUUUGUACAAAAUAUACUGUGUACUGACUGAAGCUCUACCAUCUUUCAUAUGGUGUGUAAUUGUGAAUGCUUGCCUUCUAUUAUCUUUUUUGAUAACCCAAA